AGCAAUUACGUGCAGCUUCUCAUGUCUCCUACUUCCUUUCGUAUUCGUGUAUCCUUCAUCGCUGAUACCCGUGGACUCAAUCUUGUCUUCCGUUUCCGCACCUUCUACUUUUAAUUUGUUACCUACAAUGUCUUCACCCGAGCCCUACACGAUAUCCGUUCCCGACGCCGCAAUCGAGAAAUUGAAACGUAAACUCGCCGACGCUGACUACCCCGACGAACUCGAGACAGAUGAUCAAUGGCGCUAUGGGGCUCCAUUAUCGGAUGUGAGGAGGUUAGCGCAGUAUUGGGAGCAAGGAUUUGAUUGGCGGAAGGCGGAGACGGAAAUGAAUAAGUUGCCGAAUUUCAGGAAGAAAGUAAAGGUCGAGGGUUUUGGGGAGAUUGAUGUGCAUUUUGUGCAUCAGAGGAGUGAGGUUGAAGGCGCGGUGCCGUUGUUGUUUUGCCAUGGGUGGCCCGGAUCGUUCCUCGAGGUCACCAAGAUCCUGCCGCUGCUGAAAGGAGGAGAUGGCAAACCGGCCUUCCACGUAGUAGCGCCCUCCCUCCCGAACUUUGGAUUCAGCCAGAGCAUUCUCAAACCUGGCUUCGCUCUGCCCCAAUACGCGGAAACAUGCCACCGCCUGAUGCUCGACUUGGGCUACGAUACGUAUGUUACUCAAGGCGGAGACUGGGGUUUCUACACCACAAGAAUAAUGGGCGUCCUCUACCCCCAACACGUCCUCGCAUCGCACAUCAACUUGGUGCGCGCAAAUCCGCCCUCCUUCUCCUCUCAGCCCGCACUAGCCCUCCAGCACGCGCUGACGCCUUACUCCGAAUCCGAAAAGAUAGGACUAGAACGCAGCAAUUGGUUCACCACUGAAGGCCAAGCCUACCGCCAACUGCACGCCACAAAGCCGCAAACGCUCUCGUACGCCUUCGCCUCCUCUCCCGUCGCCCUCCUCGCAUGGAUCUACGAGAAGCUGCAUGAUUGGACGGACGCGUAUCCCUGGACGGACGACGAGACCCUCACGUGGGUCAGUAUAUACUGGUUUAGCACUGCGGGGCCGAAUGCACAUAUUAGGAUAUACUACGAGGCGAGCCAUAAUCCGACGAAGGAGGUGCCUAGCAGAGAGAGGGCAAGUGAGUGGGUGGGUAGUGUGAAGUUGGGGCUUGCACAUUUCCCGAAUGAGAUUACUGUGGUGCCACGGAUUUGGGGGCGCACUUUGGGGUCCGUCGUUCAUGAGAGCGUGAGCGAGAAAGGCGGGCAUUUUGCAGCGUGGGAACGUCCGGAUGUCAUAGCAGGAGACUUGCAGAAGAUGUUCGGGAAGGGUGGUGCAUGCUUUGGCAUUGUGCCUGGAAAGGACGGGUAUGACUAA